UCUUAAAUAUCUCAAUUCACUCUUAGUACUAAACCAAAAAUGGCAAGAAUUAGUGGAAGUAAAUCUUCUUCAUUGUUUUUUAUUUCUUUUCUAUUAGCUUCUUUAGUCCUUGUUUCCUCUGAGAGAGUAGCAAGACCUCCCAUUGUGAGGGGACUAGAUUGGGAUUACUAUUGGUUAUCAUGUCCUAGGGUUGAAAGGAUUGUGAGAAAACAUCUUGAAGAUGUGUUUGAAAAAGAUAGUGGAGUAGCUCCCGGUAUACUCCGUCUCUUUUUCCAUGAUUGCUUUUCUCAGGGAUGUGAUGCGUCAAUUUUGUUGAACGGUAAUGGAACAGAAGAAAAUGAAAGAAAUCACCCGGCCAACUUUGGCUUAAGGGAUGAAGCUCUUCAGGCCAUUGAGAACAUUCGUGCUAUUAUCCGUGUGCAGUGUCCACGUGUUGUCUCGUGCGCAGACAUCCUCGUCAUUGCGGCUCGCGAAGCUGUUCGCCAAUUUGGAGGCCCAGAUUUUGAUGUACCAUUGGGAAGAAAAGACAACACAAUAUUUGAUAUAGAUUCACCAGACAAUCUGCCAGUACCAUUUGAAAGAACUGAUGUACAAUUAAGUGAUUUUUUUGAACCAAAAAACUUUGAUGCCACAGAUUUAGUUGCUUUAUCUGGGGCCCACACUUUUGGUAGAGCUCAUUGUACUACACUAUUCAAUAGAACCAUUGAUACAAACCCACCAAUUGAUCCAGAUUUCAAGAAUCAACUUGAAGCUGCAUGCCCUAAAGACAAACAAUUAAUUAACACUGUUAAUUUGGAUAUUAGAACACCAAUACAAUUUGAUAACAUGUAUUAUAUUAAUCUUUUGAAUCAUCAGGGUGUGUUUACAUCUGAUCAAGAUUUGGCUAGUAAUCCUAAGACUAAGGAGAUUGUCAACCGUUUUGCUUCUAACCAAAAUGAGUUUUUUAACAAAUUUGCUAAUGCUUUUGUUAAGGUUAGUCAAUUGGAUGUUUUGACUGGCAAUCAAGGAGAAAUUCGUAAGUCGUGUUUUGCUCCGAAUAAUAAGAAAAAAUCUAAUGUGGCAUCUGUGGUGGAAGAGGUCGUGGGAAUUGCAACGAACAUGUAGACUGAUUGUAAAAUGGUUAUUUGUGUCACUGUUAUUAAUAAAGAAAAUUAUUGUCUCAUGUAAAAGAAAUUAUUGGCUAUGAUGGCUCUUAAGUAGUUAAUUAGUUGAGUUUAAGAGACAGUUCUUUUGUUUAUGUUGCUAUAAGCUGUGUAUGCCAUUAUGAUUUGCUUCCUUGAUGUAUGAAAUGUGUAUUAAGUGGCUGAUGAGAGCAUAGAGCCAUCUUUUGCAUAGAAUUGUUUCUCAUUUCUAAUAUUUGUUUCAAAAUAAAUUUUAUAUUUUUACUUUUA